AUGUGGGCGUUUGGUGCAAUAAAUACCGGCCCACCCCAACGGAUAGCCUCAAAGGAAAAGGCUUCUGAAGGUUCACUUGAAAUCGCUAGCGAUGAGUCUACAUUAGAGUCAUUAGUACCAACCACGGUCAAUGGGACACACUCUGGGGCUUGUGCAUCCCCAGUGAAAGGCAGUGUUUGUAGCAAGCUUCCAUCUACCCUCGCUAGCAGAGGGGAGAACGACAGCAUGGAGGCAGAGCAUCAGAACCUCCCAAGGUUUCCUUAUGUAGAUAACCUUUUAUCUACUGAGGCUCUUGUAGGGCUCAGCACCACUGCAGAUAACUUAGCAGACCUCGACAGACCCGAGGUCAGCUGCCGUGCCCCUGAAAGCCACCUUUCAUCAAGCCACAAAGCUUUUAGUAUGCUGAACCUGUUGAGCUUCUCGGACAACCGCAGUGAUGAUCAGCUAACCCACAAUGACGCACUGCCGUUGGGGCACGACGGAAAAUACAAAGUUCUAGAUUCAAGCAAGCAUUGUUUCGUUACCGGGAAGCUUUCAACUGACGAAAAAAAGCACGAAGGGGAUAGUAAAAAAGGGUGCAAGCGCGAUAACACUGACGCCAAUACGCACAGUCUAUUACCAAAUCAGCUUCAGUUCCCUUCUGAGAACCUGAAGCGUUCCCCGCUACCUUUUUUUGCUGCUGAGAAUAAGAGCACGUGCGUUGUAUUUCUUUGCUGUCAUGCAAACUGUUGUGAUGCCCAAAAGUUAGCUGAUGCGACCAAUUCGAUUGGUGGACAUCAUUUUUCAAUCGCUCACGGAGGUGUCUUCAUGAAGGAGUCCUGCUCAUGGAGGGAAGAGAACUUUUACGAAAUGCUCGCAGAGUACCAGGUAGAUCUGGUUAAGGAGAGGGUUCGACGCAAAUCACUGGAGUGUUGCCCAGAGCACUCGUGGAGCGAAGGUUCAUGGAAGCAAUAUGGUGCUUAUGAGAAUUCACGUCUAAAAGUCGUGUUGGGCAUAAACCCUAGCUCGAUGGCUAACCUAAACAAAGACGAUUGUCAAGACUCCAGUUUAGGUACCGAGGUGCUAGAAUCGAUGCAGAGGGCGGCCAUGUGUUGGUGGCGGGCUGGUGGCCUCAAUAAUGAUGAUGAGCUUCAUGCAAAUAAAAGUUGCGAAUUUCAUGAUAAUAGCAGCAAUCAAAUAGAACAAGAACAACGGCAGAACAGUGGAUCAACACUUCAUAUGGCUGCUUUGAAUAACCCAGGUGCUAGAAAUGAUGAAGGCCACGUUGAUGCAGCGGCUGAGUACGAACAGAAUCGAUAUACUGAAAGGCAUCACUCUUUGAGGCUGCUAGCCCGUUUCGUAUCACGCUUUUAUGGGGUUUGUAAUUUAAUUAAGCGACAGUCCACCGCGGCGUGUUGCCGCCACCGGGGUCUAGACUCGCUUCUUUCUACAGAAAGGCACACUCUUGAGAACAGAAUAGGGGGCGAAAGUCUCAUACGUAGCGAUCCCCCCUUCGACGAUGGAGGGGAGAUAAGAAUCGAAGCGGCGACUGCCACGCAGCACGUCCCCAAGCUAUCUUUGUCUGAGUCGGACCAUGAGGAGGGCAUCCAAACGGCAUCACCUGCUGUCUCAGCGAAAACAUCAUCUGCGAGGGUGAACAGUUACCAGGGGGGCUGCUCCUCGUGCAUGGACCCCCCUGCUGCAUUGUCGGCGCCCAUUGACUUAAGCAGCAACGAUUAUAAGAUUUCCUCGCCAUCCACAGAACUUAAGAUGGAGCUGCCGCGAAACUGGGCCAAUGCGGGGUGGGUAAUUCACACGUCAGUUCCGAACAGCACUGAGUGUGAUGAUACCGAAAAGGACGAGGAAAAAGGAAAGGCGUAUCGUAUGAUCGUUCUUGAAGACGUGUGCUACGGCUUCAAGUACCCCUGUGUGUUAGACGUGAAGAUAGGUAGUCGACAGUACGGCCUCAACGCAUCCUCUGUCAAGAAGGCGAGCAAGGAGUAUAAGUCUAGGCUUUCGACCUCGGCACGACAUCACAUCCGGCUGGCUGGGAUAAAAAUGUGGGACGCAGCGCGUCACAAGUACGUGACCAAAACAAAACUGUACUGCCGUAGUCUGUCCCUAAGUCAGGUUAAGACGGAAAUUUCGAACUUCCUUUUGCAUAGUCGGGAACUCGGGCGCGCGUUCCGCCGGUAUAUCGAGGAGCUCCGCGAGACAAUGCAAUGCCAAAAAGCAUUUCGCUUCUACACCUCAUCGCUUUUGUUUAUUUAUGAUGCAGUGCGGGCCGUCGAGACGGCGCGAAUUAUCAUGGUUGACUUUGCUUACACCUACGAAAGAUGGGAGCUUGUCGAAGGCAAAGACCCAGACGCGGUGUAUGCUUUCGACGAGGGGUAUAUUAAGGCAUUGGACACCUUGAUUUCCUUGAUCCCAUAG